ACCAGUCAAGAACAUGGCAAAGAAACAGAGCAUCACUACUGGCCUUACUUUAGACACAGAGUUUGGUUCAAUUUUGUACGCGGAAAGAAAAAAUCCCUUCAACCAAGAUUAUUUCCGCAUGUUUCUCGCUUAGAAUUAACAUCUUGCAAAGUGAGUUUCUAUUCCAUUAUAAAUACCACUCUCACAUUAAAUUCUCUUCAAAUAUGAAUAUAAAUUCAGUUUUCUCUUAUGGCAAUCGGAUGGAAAGGCGAGAUGCCUUCAAGAAGAUGGGCAUGGAGAAGAAACGGACCAUGCCUGGUUUUAGUCUAGAAACUUCACAUGGAGUUUCUUGGGCGAGAGUCUACUUGCUUGGAAAAGGGGGUUUUGGUUCUGUUUUUUACGCGCUAAGAAAAAACCGAGAAUCUCAUCUUCCCUUUCAUAUGGGCUGUAAAAUCAGCGACGAUGGAGCUCGCUUCUGCACUUCAGUACGAGAAACAGGUUCUUUCUAAUCUUGGUACAAGCCCUUACGUUGUUCGUUGCUAUGGGGAUGAAAUAACAGAGUUGAGGAACGGUGAGAAAAUAUACAACUUGCUUUUGGAGUUCUGUUCUCGUCUUAGUUUAGGUGAUCAUAUUAGCUUAUCUGGCGGUGGGUUGCCUGAGAUCGUCGUUCAGAAUUACACGCGGGAUAUUCUUCGUGGUUUGAAAUACAUUCAUAGUCAUGGUUAUGUUCAUUGUGAUAUCAAGCCAGGUAAUAUCUUACUUGUGCCUGGUACUGGCUUAAGGGUUGGAAACUAUAUGGCGAAAAUUGCUGAUUUCGGGUUAGCAAAGGCGAUGCAUGGAGAGGAAGAAGAGUGCACCGGUUUGAGAGGAACACACAUGUAUAUGUCGCCGGAAAUGGUGAAGCAUAAAAAACUGGGGUAUUCUGCAGAUAUAUGGGCACUUGGUUGUGUUGUGUUGGAGAUGCUAACAGGAAAACCAGUCUGGGAGUUUCGUUAUAGUCGUGAUAUCAUCCUAGUGAUUGGUUAUACUAAUCGAGUGCCUGCGGUUCCUAAGCAUUUAUCGGUGAAGGCAAAGAAUUUCUUGGGUUGGUGUUUGGAUAGAAGAGCUGAUCAGAGAUUGUCUGCUGAUAUGUUACUGGAACAUCCCUUUGUUUCUAUGGAUGAAGAAAGAAACUAUACUAAGCACUGGUUUUUGUAGGAAAGAUUUUUUGUUUCUGAUUUGACAUUGGCAGAUUUAUGGUUUAUAAUUUGCUUCUCUUUGUAAAGCUAUACUAAACACUAUAAUGAA